ACAGGUUACACAGAUGCAGAUAUGGCAAGAGAUAUAGAUACGAGGAAGUCUACUUCAGGUUAUGUACUUACUUUUGCAGGGGGAGCUGUGUCAUGGCAAUCCAGGUUACAAAGGUGUAUUGCUCUCUCCACCACAGAAGCAGAAUAUAUUGCUGCUACAGAGGUAUGCAAAGAAAUGUUAUGGAUGAAAGAAUUCUUACAAGAAUUGGGGCUGAAACAGAAAAAUUAUGUGGUGCAUUGUGACAGCCAGAGUUCCAUCCAUUUGUGUAAGAACCCAAUGUUUCAUUCCAAGUCAAAGCAUAUAGAUGUCAGAUACCACUGGAUUCGAAAUGUAUUUGAAGAGAAGCAGUUGCAGCUUCAGAAAAUUCAUACAGAUGACAACGGAGCAGACAUGUUGACGAAGACCUUAACAAAAGAAAGACAGGAGAUAUGCCGACAGUUGGUCGGUAUGGCUUCACAUUGAGGAGUCAUGGGACAGCCUCCCUUAUGGGCUGAAGGGGGAGGUUGUUGGGCUGAUGGCCCAUAUUCAGCCCAUGUGGGCUUUAUCAGCCCACAGCUCACACCCCCUCUUAACCUAACCCUAAUUAAGAUUAGGGGGGUGUGGUGGCUGCGUUUUAGAGGCAGAUUAAAGCUAUAAAAAGGCAACAACGAGGCAGAUCUUAGGAGCCACGAGAUUCCAAAGAGAAGAAGGAGAACAAGGCAGAAAAGGAAGAGAAAGAAAGGGAAGAAGACAAGGACAACGCAGAGAGACUGUUCACAAUCAUCUAGCAGUGUUCUCAUCUCAGCUUUGUAAGGAGCUUCAACAGUGCAAUGGCCGUUCUUGAACAAGAAGUCUACCAUGCAGCCAUCCAUGUUCUACAAGGAUGCACAAGAGGAGAAGUCAAGAAACUAUGUCUCUGAUGAACACUCAUCUUCGAGAUUCCAACCUGUAUCAGCCAUUGAUGCCUUUGAGGCCAAUCAGAAAUGCUUCAGUUUCGACAUAUGGCGAAGGAUGAACCAAUAUCCAUUCCAUGCAUAUCAGCCUCAGAACACUGGUUUUGUUGAUUCUUCACAGCACAAGUUAAAUCACUCUAGUCCUGUCAACAUGAGCAGUCCUUCGUUCAAGACUGUGGGUGCUCUAAAUGGCCCUAAUAUAGCAGUCACCUCCGUCAAGCAGCAGCCUUUUGGAUGUGGCACCACCAUUAGCACCCCCUGUUGGUGGCCCUGUGCUUGGAGCUUUAAAUCCAAGCAAUAUGGCCAACACUACCGCCAAUAUGACUGCUCAGCUAACUAUUUUCUGUGGGAACUGCAUAAAUGUGUAAUUAUGUUAUUGGCGACUAAGGGAUCUACAGUGACUUCGAAUGCUAUGAAUUCGAGAUCUGAAGCACCCUUACUAGCUGCAGCCUCAGUCCCAACUGAAGUAGUAGAAUCAGAUGGUUUAACUAUGAAAAUAACUUUGAGCUCUAACAGGAAUCAUGUGGUAUCACCCUGCUCAUAUCCCUCAUGCUCGACAUCAGUUAUGUCAUAUACAGUGGCUAGCUCAAGUAGUGGUGAUAGCACCUAUGAUGACACAAUGGGGACUAAAGCUGUUGGUUCCAUGGUUCCUACAAGCUGGCAAGAAAUUUCCAAAAAAUAAACUUCAGUUUUAGGAUUAGAAAUUGUAGCAAUUGACAUGCCAAGAGGUCAUUAGCUCUAAGGUUUGAUGAAUUGGCAAACUUUGUUUCUCCAGAAUAAUGAGGAUUUUAAUCGUAUCUCAUAUACAGUCUUUGUUUCUGUGUCUACUAAAUUUUUGAUAACUUUUUUAUCAGGUUAAAUAGCCCAGGUAAAUAAAUAGAUUGGUGAUUUAUAUGUGCAGCUAUACCUCAAGCUCAUAAGGCAUCACUAUCACGAUUCCUUGGAAAAGCGCAAGGAGAGGUGAGAUUGUUCUGUUUGUGUGCAUUUGAUUAACUACAUCCACUGCUUAUCUCUUACCUUCUCUACUUAGAUCCUUUCGAUACAAGACCAUGAGCAUUAAGGACCAUUCUUACUUUCUUUAAUGAAUUUAUGUUCAAGUGUAUGACAAAAUACAUUGUUCUUGUUUAUAUUAAUAUUUCUUCCAUUCACCUUGUCAAGAGAGGUGCUUUGCUCUGAGUUGUUCAUUUUCAGGAUGACCAAUACCAUUCCAUAUGCUUGUUCCAAGAAAGUUCCUGAAAACAGUAGUAGAUUCUGAAGUUGCUAUGUGUCAAGCAAAAUUUCAUUGGCUGAUAUCAAUCUUUCGAGGAGAGGACUUACGGUUUGUGGCACACCAAAAGAGCACCAUGGACAGUGGGGAGUCCCUAAGUAUUAAACUAGCAUAAUUGAGUUUGCAUUUGAAUCAGGCCUGUAAUGUAUGAUUAAAUUAUUUGUUCAUUUCAGUGAUAAAAUAUCAGAUAAGAGAUAUCAUAAUGUACUCUGUGGUAGAGAGUCUUAUAGGGAUCUCUGAUUACUUGUCCCAAUAUGAUUCAAGUGUUAUAUC